AAGAAGUCGAAUUGCUCGGCCGCGCUCCCAGCAGGAAGAUCAUACGCAGAGAGAUAUAAAGUCUGGACAUGGGUCGGAAGUCAGGUGGGAAAGAGAAGAGGAAGAAGGGGGAGGGGGAGGAGGAGGAUGAGUUUGUGUUUGAGGAUGUGAAAUUCCAGAUGCUGUUUAAGAAGCAUUUACAGCUGCUGGAGGCGCAUGUUGAGAUCUUGGACCGCAUGAUGCAGGCCAUGGCCAAUGAAAUGAAUAAAAUGGACUCCUCGGCCAGGAAACAACUCGAGUUGAACCCGACUGGCAGAUGGCGCGUCCUCUGCGGGAUGCGGGAGCGCGCCCGCGACACGCUGGGGUCGGCGCGGUGGGCGAAUGAGGGGAUCAUGAAGAGAGUGCGCAAGGAGGGGAGCAAGAGUGAUGGUGAUAGUGAUGAUGCAUCUGGAGAAGAGGAGACGACCAACAAGGACCCGGUAUCCAAGCGGCCAAACUGUGCGAGACAUAAGGAUAAGGCUACAGAUGGCAAGAGCAAGAAGUCUAGGAGGGAAUCCGAAACCCAUGUGCUGGAAGUGAAACCCCCGACAACAGUGGAUUUCGCAGCCAUGCAAGCACAACUACACGCCGAGGUCGAGGCCGCGCUAAGAGCCAAAGAGGAGCAGCAGAAAAGCCUGGGUGGGAAUGGCGAGAACACUCAGUUGGUGAGGAAGGAAAAGAAGAGGAAGAGGAAUAGGAAUAGUGAUGGGACUCAGACGGUCAUCAUGUCUCCUAAGAAGCAGAAGAUGCUGGAGGCGAAGCCUGCUGAAAGUGAUGUUGCUGGGGGCAAGAAGGAUAGGAAGAGGAAGGCGGAUGAGCUUCUUGAUAGGGGGAAGACUAAGAAGCUGAAGGCUGGAGCUUAGGCUUCAGGUUUGCUCUUGCAAUGGUGUGUAUAUGUAUGCGUGCAGCAUCUACAUCGUAGGUGUGUAUUAUAAUGGUUAGAUUGGAAUGGCCGGUGUUCAAAAUGAGAUUCUAGAGGUGGGAAUG